AUGUUUGAAAGAAUUAAUAAAAUUAAAAAAAAGAUCAAAGAGAAAUUGUCAUAUUCAAUUUUAAAAGAUGAAAAAAUUGAUUACUAUAAUCUACCAUGUCCAGAAGAAAGUGCAUCAUUUUUAUCAAAAUUAACAUUUUCAUGGACUCAAAGAAUGUUAAUGACUGGUUAUUUUAGAGGUCCAAUUCAAAUGAGUGAUAUUUGUGAUUUACCAGAUGAUGUUAAAGUUCAAAAAACAAAUCCAAUUUUAGAUGAUAUUGAUUUUGGUAAUAGUAAAUGGCCAUUACUUAAAUUUAUUUAUACAAAUUUUGUAACAAAAAAUAAAAAAUCAAUUUUUAUUGUAAUUUUAUGUGCUAUAUUUUCAAUUUUAUCACCAUUAUGUUUAAAAUAUUUUAUAAAAUAUAUACAAUUAUCAAAAAAUGAAAAAACAUUUUUAACAGGGUUAGGAUAUUGUGUAUUAUUAUUUGUUGGUACAUUUUCCUAUACAUUAUCACAACAAUUUUUAUAUUGGUUUGGUAUGAGGACUUCAUUACAUGUCCGUGGGGCACUUUCACAAAGAAUCUAUGAAAAAAUGUUAAAAUUAUCAAGUUCAGGUGGUAAGAAAUAUAGUUCAGGUUCAAUUAUGAAUUUAAUUUCAACUGAUAUUGGUUUAUUUGCAGAUUUCUUUUGGAUUGGUCAUCUUGAAAUUAUUAUAUUCCCAAUUCAGAUUACUGCAUUACUUGCAUUAUUAUGUUGGAUAGUUGGUUGGAGUGGUUUAGUUGGUUUUGGUGUUAUGAUUAUAUCAUUACCAAUUAAUACAUUUUUUGGAUCAAAAAUGAGUAAAAAUUUAAUGUUAUCAUUAGGAUAUUCAGAUACAAGAUGUAAUUUAACAUCGGAAUUUAUAAAUGGUAUUAGAUUUUUAAAAUUAUAUGCAUGGGAGAAAUUAUUUUUAGAUAGAAUUGAAGAACAAAGAAGAUUACAAUUAAAAUAUUUAUAUAGACGUGUAAUAUUUGCAAUUUUUGAAAAGAUGUUAUCACAAACUACAAAUGCUGUUGUAUUAGUUUCAACAUUUUCAGUUUAUUCAAUUAAUAAUGAAAUUGAAUUAUCAGUUGCAUUCACAGCAAUUACAAUUUUCGUUAAUCUUAGACAACCAAUUAUGAGAUUACCAGAAGCAAUUCAUAAUUUAUUAGGUUUAAUACCUUCUGCAAAAAGAGUUGAAUCAUUUUUACAAUUAUCUGAAAUUCAAACUCAACCAUUUAUAAAUUUCAAUAAUAAAUCUAUUAAUGAUGAUAUUUUAAUUGAUAAUGGUACUUUUAAUUGGAAUCAAGAUAAUGAUGAUUAUAUAACUAAUAAUGGUGAUAAUAAUAAUAAUAAUAAUAAAAAUGAAAUUAAAAAAAGAUUAAUUGAAAAGAGUGAAGAAGAAUAUGAAACAACAACAACAACCACAGAUGAUAAUAAUAAUAAUAAUUAUGAAUCUUAUUUAUUAAAUAAUAUUAAUUUUAAAGCACCAGCAGGUAAAUUAACAAUAAUUUGUGGUGUAGUUGGUAGUGGUAAAACUAGUUUAGUUAGUGGUUUAAUUGGUGAAAUUUAUAAAGUUAGUGGUAGAGUUAAUACUCCAAAUAAAAUUUCAUUUACAACUCAACAAUCAUUUUUAUUAAGUACAUCAUUAAGAGAGAAUAUUUUAUUUGGUAAUGAAAUGAAUUUAGAACGUUAUAAAAAAGUAAUUGAAGCAUGUUGUCUCGCACCAGAUUUAUUACAAUUAGCAGCUAAAGAUUUAACAGAGAUUGGUGAACGUGGUAUUAAUUUAUCAGGUGGUCAAAAACAACGUAUAUCAUUGGCACGUGCAUUAUAUGCAAAUUCAGAUUGUUAUAUUUUAGAUGAACCUUUAUCAGCUGUUGAUCCAGAAGUUGCAACUCAUUUAUUCAAUCAUUGUAUUCAAGGUAUGAUGAAUGAUAAAACACGUAUUCUAGUUACACAUCAACUUCAAUUCAUUCCAUCAGCUGAUCAUAUAGUUGUUGUUGAUAAUGGUAAAUUAGUUCAAGGUACUUACUCAGAAUUAAAAUCAAAAGGUAUUGAUUUCGAAUCAAUUAUGAAAACAAAGAAAUUAAAUAUUGAUAACCAACAACAACAACAACAACAACAACAACAUGAUGAAAAUGAAAUUAUUGAUGAAAAUCCAAUGAAAAAAUCAAAUUCAUUGAUUGAAUCAAAUAAAUUAAUUAAUAUUGAUGAAAUUAUUAGUGAUAAACAUGAUUCAAAUUUAAUUGAAAAAGCAAAAUUAUUAGUAAAAGAAGAUAAAAGUGAAGGUGCAAUUGGAUUACAUGUUUAUAGAGAAUAUUUUAAACAUGGUUCAUCAACAUUCUUUUUUAUUGCAACUUGUGUAGUUUAUUUCUUUAGUCAAGCGAUUUUCCAAAUGACAGAUUUUUGGUUAUCAACAUGGUCACAACAUAAACUUCAAGGUAAAUCAGAUAGUUUCUAUAUAUUUUAUUAUAUAAUAUUCAUUGGAUUAUUUAUAGUUACAUUGGUAAUUAGAUAUUUUAUGUUGGCACAUGUUACAUUUUCAGCAUCAAAGAAUUUACAUACAUCAUUAUUGAAUUCAGUUGGUUUUGCAAGUUGUCAAUUCUUUGAUACGAAUCCAUCAGGUCGUAUAUUAAAUAGAUUUAGUAAGGAUAUUGCCGAGAUUGAUUUACUAUUAUAUGAUUUAUUCUCUGAUGUACUUUAUUGUGGUUCGACUGUCGUUUUCGCAAUUUGCGUUAUGAUUUAUAUUAGUCCAUUAAUUAGUUUACCAUUUUUAGUGUUAAUUAUAGUUUAUAAUAUUAUAAAGAAUAUUUAUGCUGUAUCAUCAAGGGAUUUAAAAAGAUAUGAAUCAAUUACAAGAAGUCCAAUCUUCUCAUUGUUACAAGAGACUUUUAAUGGUUUGGUUACAAUUAGAAGCUAUCAACAACAAAAUAGAUUCAUUUCAAUGAUGCAAGAUCAUAUCAAUAUUAAUUUACGUUUAUUCUAUUAUAGUUUUUCAAUUCAUAGAUGGAUUGGUGUACGUUUAGAAUUUAUCUCUGCUUUAGUUGUUUUCUUAACUGCUUUCUUCUCCUUAUUCAAUUCAAAUGCUGGUUUCUCUGUUUUAUCUGUUACAACUGCAAUUGGAAUGUGUACCUAUUUAAAUUGGGCUGUUAGACAAUUUGUAGAACUUGAAGUUAAAAUGAAUUCAGUUGAAAGAAUUGAAAGUUAUAUAAAUACUCCAAAAGAAGGUAAUAGAUUUACAAUUGAUAAUGAAGAAGAAGGAGAAGAAAAUAUGAUUAAUUUAAAUGAAAAAUGGCCAUCUAAAGGUGAAAUUGAAUUUAGAGAUGUUGAAAUUAGAUAUCGUCCAACUUCAGAACCAAGUUUAAAAAAUUUAUCAUUUAAAAUCAAUUCAAAUGAUCAUAUUGGUAUUGUUGGUAGAACUGGUGCAGGUAAGAGUACCGUUGGUAUAAGUUUAUUCCGUAUGGUUGAAUGUUCUAAAGGUUCAAUUUUAAUUGAUGGUAUUGACAUUUCAAAGAUUGGAUUACACGAUUUAAGAAGUUCACUUGGUAUUGUCCCACAAGAUCCAUUCAUUUUCUCUGGUACUAUUCGUUUAAAUAUCGAUCCAUUUAAUAAAUACACUGAUAGUGAAAUUUGGGUAGCUUUAGAAAAGGUUAAAUUAAAAUCAACAAUUUCAUCAAUGCCAUUAAAAUUAGAAACUAUGAUAGAAGAAGGUGGUGACGGUUUAUCGUUUGGUCAAAAGCAAUUACUUUGUUUAUCAAGAACAAUUUUAAAGAAUUCUAAAGUAGUCCUAAUGGAUGAAGCUACCUCUGGUAUAGAUUAUGUAACAGGUGAUUUAAUUAAACAAACUUUACUUGAAAAUUUCAAUGAUUGUACAAUGCUAACAAUUGCACAUAGACUCGACACAAUCAUUGAUAGUACUAAAAUCGCUGUUGUCGAUAAAGGUGAAUUAAUAGAAUAUGAUACACCAAUUAAUUUAAUUAAUACUAAAAAUUCAAAAUUCAGUAAAUUAGUUAAAUAUCAAACUGAUUUUCAUAAAGAAAAUGAAAAGAAUUUUUAA